CCGCGCGCUGCUGGUUCUCCAGCAGUAAUCGGACCUAAAGGAAGAUAAAACAGCCGCAGAAACAUCAGAGGGUUUGAUUUACGGUAAUCUGGGUGGUUUUUCGGGGUAAUAAGAUUAGAUAAAGCUUCAGAGCCUCUGACCUCCUGAAGGAGCUGCAGGAACCGACAGCCAAGGAGACGGAUCGAUCCGUGGAAGGAGAACCUGCAGAUGGCUGGCUUCCUGGACGGCUUCCGCUGGCCGGAGUGUGAAUGGUUUGACUGGGGAGAGAAGAGGAACGCUGUGGCCUCUGUGGCGGCUGGAGCUCUGUUCUUUACAGGCUGGUGGGUCAUCAUCGAUGCUGCAGUGAUGUAUCCGUCUCAGGAAAUGAUGAAUCAUUCCUUCCACACCUGUGGAGUUUUCUCCACCAUCGCCUUCUUCAUGAUUAACGCCGUCUCUAACGGCCAGGUGAGAGGAGACGCCUAUGGGGAGGCCUGCUUCGGAAGGACAGGAGCUCGUCUGUGGCUCUUCAUCGGCUUCAUGAUGAUGUUUGGAUCCUUCAUCGCCUCCGUCUGGAUCCUGUUCGGAGCUUACGUGGUGCCAAAGAAGGAAGUGGCUCCUGGUCUGGCUGUGUUCUUUCAGAACGCCCUGAUCUUCUUCAGCUCUCUGGUCUACAAGUUCGGCCGCACCGAGGAUCUGUGGGGUUGAACCUCCAGCCGUCCCGCUGUCUUCCCCUCCUCCCGCCUUUUUAUUCCUUUCCUCUGACUUUUCCUCGGCUGCGUCUGUAAAUAUGAUCUCUGCUCUCAGAACAUGAGCAUGUUUUUAAUUUGCCUGAUCCUCGAUCGUCCGCUUCAGGCCGAACACAAGGAGAAACCGGACUUUUGCUCGGUCGCUGUGAAUAUUUUAAAGCCACAGUUUUAAUGUUUCGUUUGUUCAUGUUAGAGAUUAAAAGGGGAGAUGUCAGGGUUUAAAGAGGAGAAACUUCCAGGCAGAUUAAACAGAUUUCAGUGUCGGAUCAGAUGCUUCUAAUCCGAUAAUCCCUGUCUGCUGCUAAAGGUCUAAACGAGCAGUUAGACCCUGGUACUGAGCGUCUCUGAGGUUCUGCUCAAUAAAUCGGAGGUUCUGACCUGGAAGCUGCUCUUAUUGGGGGGGGG